AUGCAGCAAGGGGGUCGCAGCGUGCCGGACACAGCUCAGAAAACGACUGUGGGCUUCAACGCAACAGGCCUUACCAACGAUCGGAUCCUCUUUGUCGCUCAAGUCCUUGUGGGGUACAAGGUAGAGGUGCAGGUGAAGGAUGGGACGAUCUACGAGGGAAUAUUGCACAAAAUGCGCCCCGAAAAUGAGGAUUUGAACGUCGUGCUGCAUUGGGCAAGGACUUUGAGAGGGCCGAGCGCUGCCACUGCCACACCUGCUGUGAAGCAGAUGCUCAUCCCGUCAGCAGACCUCGUGCAGAUCCUCGCCAAAAACGUGGAUCUCUCUGAAGAGGAGCUGAGCGGGCCGCUCAAUGGUGGCAACGCCUUUGAGACGGAUUCUGAGAUCUCCAAAGGGCGUGGCGGGUGUGACCCCAGCAGCAUCCUAGGCCCUUUGUGA